GGUGCGGGGCAAGGGCCGGCGCGCGGGGCGGGGCGGAAGCGGAAGCGGCGGCGCGGAAGGGAAAAAGCCUGCGGCGGGGCCGGGGCCAGCAGUGGCAGAGAUGACUGUGCACAACCUGUACCUCUUUGACCGCAACGGGAUCUGCCUGCAUUACAGCGAGUGGCACCGCAAGAAACAAGCCGGCAUCUCCAAGGAGGAGGAGUUCAAACUCAUGUACGGCAUGCUCUUCUCCAUGCGCUCCUUCGUGGGCAAGAUGAGCCCCGUCGACAUGAAGGACGGGUUCCUGGCCUUUCAGACCAGCAAGUACAAGCUGCAUUAUUAUGAGACGCCCAGCGGGCUCAAGGUCGUCAUGAACACGGACCUGGGCGUGGGCAACAUCCGAGACGUGCUCCACCAGAUCUACAGCAAUAUCUACGUGGAGUUCGUGGUGAAGAACCCGCUGUGCAGCCUGAGCGAACCCAUCCAGAGUGAGCUCUUCCACGCCAAGCUGGAUGGCUUCAUCCGGGGCCUGCCAUUCUUCUCGGCCCGGGCCGGCUGAGCCCCCCCACCCACCGCGCCUCUCUACCAGCCAAACCCCAGCCCUCCGCACAAGACGUGGGGCUGCCCCCGCCUCACUCCCACCCUCCCGCCCCCUUCACAGAGCCGGGUGAGCCUGCAUCCCACAAUUCCCUGCAGGCUGGUGCGCGCGCGACCCCCCCCCCUCCCCCCCGGGGUCUAGCUGGGGGGGGCGGGCUCGCUCAGUCUGGGAGGGGAGUGGGGGUCUAAGUGAAUAGAGCAGGAUCCCUGGCUUUUCUCCCCGGCUCUGGGGGGCGAGUGGGGGCUGGAGGGUUAGAGCUGGGGGGGCGGGGAGCCAGGACUCCGGGGUUCUCUCCCCAGCUAUGGGGGGCGAGUGGGAGCUGGAGGGUUAGAGCUGGGGAGGCUGGGAGCCAGGACUCCGGGGUUCUCUCCUGGGCUCUGGGAGGGGAGUGGGGGCUGGUGGUUAGAGCAGGAGCUCAGGUUCCUGACUUUCAUCCUUCUCUGCCCUAGACCCCAAUCCCGUCCAGGUGGAGCCCGGGAGAGAACCCCGGAGUCCUGGCUCCCAGCCCUUUGCCAAGUGGGACACGCUUCUCCUGUUCAGUGUGGCAUUAGUGGGCAUGUUCAGACCUUCCAUGAGCUGGGCGGGCAUUGGGGUUGUCCUGAGCAGAUCCCAGUUCCAUGCCGGAGCCUCCUUGGUGGAUUAAAGUGUUGCUCUCCCA